GAUGGCUGUUACUUCUCUCUAUAAGUCCCACCUUAUCUUCCUCAAUCUCUCCUUCAUUAUCUUCCUCUUCUGUAUCUUCUUCUACCCUUUGCCUUCUUCGAACCAGUCCAUCUCUCUCUCCUCGAUCCUCAAACGCUCGUCCCCAGCAAACCCUAAUGAUUGCAGAGCAUUAGAAGCUUUCGAAGAUAGCGAAACUAAGUGCUCCUACCUCAAAACCAAUCAUCACUGUGGCAGUAACGGCUACUUGGAUUACCUCCAUCUCUUUUACUGCAUCUAUGGCGAUUCUCCUAUUCUGGGUUACAUCAUCCUCUUCCUCUGGCUUCUGAUUCUCUUCUACUUUCUUGGUAGCACUGCUUCUCAAUAUUUCUGCCCAUCACUUGAGGGCCUCUCUCGUGUGCUGAAUCUCUCCCCAACCAUCGCCGGCGUUACCCUUCUCUCACUCGGCAACGGUGCACCAGAUGUCUUUGCAAGCAUCGUCUCCUUCGCCGGCGGCAACGGUAACAGUGAGAUCGGUCUUUGCAGUGUUCUCGGUGGCGCCUUUUUUGUCUCUACUGCUGUCGUGGGUGUUAUCAGCAUCUGCGUUAGCAACAGCAGCUCAUGGAAUCAUGCUAUGGCCAUUGAUCGUUUUAGCUUUACCAGAGACCUGUGUUACUUACUCUUCAGCCUCUGUUUUCUUCUCCUGAUACUUGUCGUUGGCCAAAUUCACAUCUUGGGGUCCAUGUUCUGCAUUUCUCUGUACAUUCUCUAUGUUAUCAUGGUCUCCACCGGGAAAUGUUGCAGGAAGGAGUUUGAAGUGCCAUUGUUAGAAUCCAUUGAAGUGGAGCAGCAUCAGUCCGUUGAGGAUCUUCAUGAAAGCAAAGAAAUUGAAGCAAAGCAGAGUUUUUUAAAUUCCUGGGUUUGGUCAAGCUGGUUCCUUUUCUUGAUAGAGCUUCCACUCUUUCUCCCGAGAAGAUUAACAAUCCCAGUUGUGACAGAAGAGAGAUGGUCUAAACCAUUUGCGGUUGCUUCAGUGAUACUGUCGCCAACUCUUCUUGCAACUUUAUGGAAUUCCAAGACUGUGGGGGUGGGUUCUGAAGAAAGCAUCACAAUCUUUCUUUUUGCUGGUUUAUUUGGAAUGAUUCUUGGAUUUGCUGCCAUGGAAGGAACUGAAAGUUCCCAUCCACCAAAGCUCUUACUUCCAUGGCUUGCAGGUGGCUUUCUCAUGAGCGUGGUGUGGAGUUACAUGGUAGCGGGAGAACUUGUUUCACUCCUUGUGUCAUUUGGGCAUAUAAUUGGAGCAACUCCUUCUGUUCUUGGAGUCAUAGUUCUGGCUUGGGGGAAUUCACUUGGGGACCUCAUAUCUAAUGUGGCCAUGGCUGUUAAUGGAGGGGAGGAUGGAGCUCAGAUUGCAAUAGCUGGUUGCUAUGCUGGUCCAAUUUUCAAUAUCUUGGUUGGGUUGGGGAUGUCACUGUUUAUGUCUUCUUGGGGAUCUUAUCCUGAAGCAUUUGUGAUUCCUGAGGACCCUUUUGAGUUUGUGAUUAUUGGAUUUCUUGUGGGAGGAUUGUUGUGGGCUCUGGUUAUAUUGCCAAGGAAGGGGAUGAAGCUGAAUUGGAGUUUGGGGGUUGGAUUGCUGACUAUUUAUUCCUUUUUUCUUUGCUUUAGGCUGCUUGAAAGCCUUGAUUUGUUGAAAAUUGGAGUUUCUGGACCUUGAAGCUGGGCAUGUAAAUUUCCCUCUUUUAUUUUUUUUAUUUUUUUGGGUGGGGGAUUGAGGUGGGGCUUUUUACAUACGUACCCCAAUUCCUAUGUAUUUACAUAUCUAAUAUCUGAACUUUGCUUUUUAACC